AUGCCUGUCAUCCAUUUAAACUCUUGCCAUGAAAAGGCAAACACACUGACACCACCACCAACAACAACAACACUCUCUUUCUCUCUCUUCACAAGACUAUACCUUCACUCAUAAAAAGUGAGCACUACUACUCUUUUACAUACCCAACACACCCACUUCCACUUCUGUGACUGCAUUGUCUUACUUUCCUUUCCUACUCAGAAAAAUGGGAGUUUUUCAUACUUCAUUCUUCUCCUUUCUCCUCUUACUUGCAUUUCAAAGGUCAUAUUCUGCAACUGUAGUUGUUGAUGGAGUUACACACUGGAAAAAUCCCUCUGCCACCAUUGGAGACACCAUCAUUUUCAAGCACAAGAAUGAGUACAAUCUCUAUAUUUUUAGAACCAAAGAAGCCUUCAACUCCUGCAACUUUACUCAAGCAAUUCCUCUCUCCAACCCCAGUUCCAAUUCUUACACUUGGCACCCAUCAAGAACAGGGUACUUCUACUUCGCCUUCUACAAUGGCACCAACAAUCUCUGUCAACAAGGUCAAAAACUAGCCGUCGAAAUCACAAAAUCAUCAACAGCUCCAAAUUCUCCGGCGCCGGAAAUUCCGCCGCCGGCGACACCAGGUGGUGUGGUGUCAUCAUCUCCGGCGUACCCAUGGCCUUUCCAGCCUCGAGAGAAGGAAGGAGCAGCGGCUGGACCGGCUUACACCGACGUUGGAAUCUCGCCAAUGCCGGCGAUAUCACCGGCAUUGGCAAGCAUACCGUUCAUUAAUAGUAAUCCAGCAGUUCCUUUACCCACUGGUGAAGUUGAUUCUGCUACUAUUAGACCUUUGCCUACUUCAGCUGAUCAUGCUGCUCAAUCUCAGGGAGUGAAGGUGGUGGGGUGUAUUGAAGGUGUACUAUUAUCUUUAUGUUAUGUAAUUAUUGUUAUGAUUACAAUAAUAUAAUAUGAGAGUGUGUACUGUCAACUGUGUAAUGUAAAAUGGAACAUAGUAUAUGUAGGAUUAGCCAGUUGUUUAAAAUGGUGUGGGGUUAAAUUAGAUUAGGAGUGUGGCAAAAGUAGCUUUAAGGAGGGGAAGAGAUUGAUUAUGAUAAUUUGCUCUUUUAAACUUUCACUUUGGAAUCAUUAUUUAUUAUGAGCA